UUCGUUUUGGCGGUGUCGGGAAAAUUUGGCGCUUCCAAACGAGUGCAGUGCAAGGGAAAUGGAAAUUGAGGCAGAAGAAGAAGAGCAAGUCGCGACGGAGCCACCCAAAAUUCACCGCCUAGAAGAGUCUGUGGUGAACCGAAUCGCUGCCGGCGAGGUCAUCCAACGCCCUGUCUCCGCCGUUAAAGAGCUCGUCGAGAACAGCCUCGACGCUCGCUCCUCCUCCAUCAACGUCGUCGUCAAGGACGGCGGCCUCAAACUCAUCCAAGUCUCGGAUGACGGCCACGGCAUCCGCUAUGAGGACCUGCCGAUACUGUGUGAGCGGCACACGACGUCGAAACUCUCGGCGUUUGAGGACUUGCAGUCGAUAAAGUCGAUGGGGUUCAGAGGAGAAGCACUUGCCAGCAUGACGUACGUAGCUCACGUCACCGUCACCACCAUUACCAAAGGCCAGUUGCAUGGUUAUAGGGUAUCUUAUAAAGAUGGUGUAAUGGAGCACGAACCGAAGGCGUGCGCUGCUGUAAAAGGAACUCAAAUAACGAUUGAGAACUUAUUCUAUAACAUGACCGCCCGGAGGAAGACACUACAAAAUUCUGCUGAUGAUUAUUCAAAGAUUGUAGAUUUGCUAAGCCGGUUUGCAAUUCAUCAUAUGAAUGUUAGUUUCUCCUGCAGAAAGCAUGGAGCGGCUAGAGCAGAUGUUAAUUCUGUUUCCACAGCAUCAAGGAUUGAUGCAAUUCGAUCGGUGUAUGGGGUGUCUGUUGCUCGCAGUCUGAUGAAAAUAGAAGCUUCAGAUAAAGAUCCUUCUAGCUCCGUUUUUCAGAUGGAUGGCUUUAUCUCUGAUUCAAACUAUGUUGCCAAGAAGAUAACCAUGGUGCUUUAUAUAAAUGAUAGAUUGGUUGAUUGCACCGCUCUGAAGAGAGCUCUAGAAGUUGUUUAUGCUGCCACAUUGCCAAAAGCAUCAAAACUCAUAUACAUGUCAAUUAUGUUACCACCUGAACAUGUUGAUGUGAAUGUUCACCCGACAAAGAGAGAGGUAAGCCUUCUGAAUCAGGAAAUCAUCAUUGAGAAGAUACAGUCAGUGGUUGAAUGGAGGUUGAGAAGCUCCAAUGAGACACAAACAUUUCAGGAACAGGCAGUCGAACCUUCUUCAUCCAGCCAAAUGGUUUCAAGAAAGGAUUCAAAUCAGAACCCCUCACCAUCUGCAGCAUCAAAAUUACACAAGGUUCCAGUGAAUAAAAUGGUUAGAACGGAUUCAUCAAAUCCUGCUGGUAGGUUGCAUGUGUAUUUGCAACCCGAUCCUCGUGGCCAUCUUGAAAGGAAUGCUAGCUUGACAGCUGUUAGAUCUUCUGUUAGACUAAGACGAAACCCAAAGGAAACUGCUGAUCUGACCAGCCUUCAGGAGCUUAUUGAUGAAAUUGAUGGCAAUUGUCAUUCUGGUCUACUGGACAUUGUGAGACACUGCACAUACAUUGGAAUGGCUGAUGAUGUUUUUGCACUGCUUCAGCAUGAUACCCAUCUUUAUCUUGCAAAUGUAGUGAACUUGAGCAAAGAGCUCAUGUAUCAGCAAGUUCUGCGUCGGUUUGCCCAUUUUAAUGCUAUACAAAUAAGUGAGCCAGCCCCACUGAAGGAGUUGAUUGUGUUGGCACUAAAAGAGGAGGAGGAUCCAGAAUGCAGUGUGAAUCAUGAACUUAACGAGAAGAUUGCAGAGAUGAAUACAGAACUACUCAAGCAAAAGGCUGCUAUGUUGGGGGAGUAUUUUUCCAUUCAUAUAGAUAAUGACGGAAAUUUGUCUAGGCUUCCAGUCAUACUCGAUCAAUACACACCUGACAUGGAUCGUGUCCCUGAACUUGUGCUUUGUUUGGGCAACGAUGUUGAUUGGGAGGAGGAAAAAAAAUGCCUUCAAGUAAUUUCAGCUGCACUUGGAAACUUCUAUGCCAUGCAUCCUCCUAUGUUGCCCAACCCAUCUGGUGAUGGCUUACAAUUUUACCAAAAGAGAAAGCCUUUUAGGAAUCCUGAAGAAAGUACGUCAUGCAAUACUGGAGAUGACGACGUCAUGACAGAAAAUGAAAUUGAGCACGAACUAGUUGCAGAGGCAGAAAAUGCAUGGGCUCAGCGCGAAUGGUCAAUCCAGCAUGUUUUGUUUCCAUCAAUGAGGCUCUUUUUCAAGCCACCAAAUUCUAUGGCUACAAACGGAACAUUUGUACGGGUAGCUUCACUGGAGAAACUAUACCGGAUUUUCGAAAGAUGCUGACUCCAUUCAUCAGUGUAAUGGCAGACGGCAGUACGCAGAAGGCUCUUGGCUCUGUAUAGAUGUUGAUGCCAUUCAUCGGUAUAAUUUUGGAUAACAUACUAGUUAAGGGGGUGUCUUACAAUUAUUUGGGUUUUGAAAGUGGCCUUCAUUUUUCUAAAUGCUAAAAUGCCCGAGUUCAAUCUGACGUCGGUAUUCCGCCA